GAAAGUGCAAGUUCCUAUGAAGCCUCAAUCUCCACUGAGAGCUUAUUGAAAGAUCCUAUAACCAGAAAGGCAGGGAUGUUGAUACAAUUCCUGCUGCAGAGAUAUAAAAUGAAAGAGUCCAUUAUGAAGGCACACAUGCCGAAGGUUGUCUACAAAAUGCACAGGGAGAAUUUCCCUGAGAUCCUUGGGAGAGCCACUGAGCACAUGGAACUGGUCUUUGGCCUUGAGCUGAAGGAAGUCAAGCUCAGUGGUCACUCCUAUAGACUUGUUAACAAAUUAGAAAUCCCCAUAAAUAGGAGUCUGAGCAGUGGCUGGGGACUUCCUAAGAAUGGGCUUCUGAUGCCUCUCCUGGGUGUGAUCUUCUUGAAUGGCAACUGCGCCUCUGAGGAGGAGACCUGGGAAUUCCUGAAUAUUCUGUAUGUCUAUGAUGGAAGGAGGCACUUCAUCUUUGGGGAGCCCAGGAAGCUUAUCACAGAAGAUUUGGUGAAGGAAAAGUACCUAGUGUAUCGUCAGAUGCGCAACAGUAAUCCUCCUCGCUAUGAGUUCCUGUGGGGCCCAAAAGCCCGCGCUGAAACCAGCAAGAUGAAAGUCCUGGAGUUUUGGGCCAAGGUCAAUGAUACGGUCCCCACUGCCUUCCCAACCCAUUAUGAAGAGGCUUUGAGAGGUGAGGAAGAGAGAGCCCGAGCCAGAGCUGCAGCCAGGGAUGGCCCUACUGCCAGGGCCAGUGUGCGUUCCAGGGCCACAUCCAGCCGCUCCUCCCACCCCUAG